CUGUCGUGCUUCCGUCGCGGCGCCCGGAAGAGGACUCUGCUACCAAAGUCAUCGUUUCCAGCUAGAUGCACCCGAACCGACCUCCUGCCAUGGAAACGGGCUGCCCGGAGGAGCUCGCCCGCACCAGGUCGCAACCGGUGGCCUGCGGGCAGCGGGAGGAGAACGGCGACCGGCUGCCCGAGCCCGGCAACGCCUCCGUCGCGGCUGCGGAACCGCAGCCGCCGCCCCCCGGCAAGCUGAAAAAAACUGCUUUCAAACUCUUCGGAGGGAAGAGGAGCAUCUGUACGCUGCCCAGUUUCUUUGGAGGCAGAAGCAAAGGGCAGGGGAAAGUCGCCUCGAAGAAGGGCCUCGUUAAAUGUAAGACCCACGACGGGCUCAGCGGUGCUGCGCACGACAAGGGCGGCGGGGCGCAGCUGGAGAGCCCUUCGGAGGGGAGCAGGGACUCCCAUCCCGGCCCUUUGCCCAGCUCCCAAAGCGCUCACUUGCCCAUAGACACCAGCGCCAAGCUUGAUUUCGGCCAGCAAGACGGCUCUCCACCUGGGAGUAUGGAGGGCUGCGAGAAAAAGCCCAGCGGAGAGAAGUCCUCCUUCCCCAGACCCAAAAAAGGCCUGAAAGGGUUUUUUAACAGCAUCCGGCGUCACCGGAAGAGCAAGGUUGCUGAGUGUGAGAAGGCAGAGCUCCCCGAGUGGACCGGGGGGUCGGAGGAGGCCAGCAAAGCUCCUGGUGUGGGAGCGGAGAGCCGAGGGGCCGCGGAGGGAAGGGGGCCGGGGCCGGUCCCUCUCGCUGCCGCCUGCCCGGGGAGCUCGGAGGAUGAGCGCGCGGCGGGCGCCGGCGGCGAGGCUGCCGAGCUCGGCUGCCUCACGGCCGACGGAGGCAGCUCCGAGGGCGACGCGGUGGCGGUGCCGGGGAAGAGGGACGCUCUGGAUGCGAAAUCGGAGGCCGACGCUGUCGACUGCGCGGGGUUCGACCGUGGCGAUCUGGUGCUGGCCUUUCAUCCGGACUUGGUGGACAACGACCCGCCCUGCCUGCACUCCGGGGACCUGCUAAGCAUCAUGUUAGGAGACGUCACGUCGCUGAAGAGCUUCGAUUCCCUGACGGGGUGUGGAGAUGACAUCGCCGAGCCUGACAUCGCCGAGAGCACCAUCUCUGUGGAGCGCAGCCGGGACGCUACGAAACGGGGCUCCUGCCUGGUCACCUACCAGGGCGGUGGGGAGGAGAUGGCCAUACCCGAGGAGGCGGAGGAGUACCUCCACCAGAUAUGGAACGGCAACGCGGCGGGGGACAGGAGCUACGGAGCCCGGGUGUCGAGUAGCAGUUUGGAGACACGCGCCUUGCACGAGGCGGAAACCCACCCCUACGUGGGGGACACGAUGGACGGCGUUGACCUCCUGACGCCACAGAGUGACCAGCAAGAGUCAGCCCCCAACAGCGACGAGGGUUAUUACGACUCCACCACGCCGGGGCCAGAAGAUGAAGCUGGAGAUGGGCUCAGCGAGAUCAAGAAGGACCGUCUUCCCAGAGACAGUUACAGCGGUGAUGCACUUUAUGAGUUUGAUGCGCUGAUGAGUCCCUCUCACGGGGAGGAAUCCCUGUUUGAGAGCAAAAUCUCACGCCCGGGGAUCUUCAGCUACUUCUUGGACUUCUGUCUCCCUGCUGAGAAGAGCCUGAUCCAGAUGAUGGAUCAGAAAAGAGGGGUGAUGGAAACGGAAGAAGAGCGGCUGGCGGCCAUUCAGAAAGAGCUGCUCUACUGGGAGCUGCAGAGGGAACCGGUCUUGAAGCGACUUGAUGUUCCCGGCAAGGAGAAGUGUCCCCGGGAAAAGCAGUGUGUUGAAUGUAAAACUAGAGCAGCCAGCUCAACUGGCAAGAAUCAGAGUGGCCUUGGUAGUGAGCAGGUGGCCUCGCUCGCCCCAAACAGGGGUGUGAAUAGUGGGGGUUUGGUGGCUAGAGCUGAAAAUCCAGAGUGGAGGGAUUUUCCAGGGACUCUGUGCCCAGAAAACUGUUACAGCAGCCAAAAAGCCCAAGGAAGUUGCCUUAUCCAGCUCACGAAGAACAACCCGGCGUUCGACUCGGACCCGGAUUGUGGGUUGUUCGGGGGCUCUGUCCACGGCGGCGUAGCCCCAGCCAAGGCAGGGAUGUUCCCCGGCUACGGGCUCCCGGAGCCCGAGCGCGGUGGCGGAGCGGAGGCCCCCACCGGCGAGCCCCAAGCGGGCAGCGAGCCCGAGCCCGAGCAUGCUGUGAGCUUCUCGCAGGCGCUGGUGGAGUUUGCCAGCAGCGGGACCCUCUUCUCCAGCCUCUCCGAAAGUCUGGGGAGCUCUGCCUCCGGCUCUUCCUUCACCCAGAACCUCCCUGCCCUCCCCACCAUGGUCACCUUCGACGUCGUCGAUGUGGAGCAGGAAGGAGAAGGGGAGUGCGAGCGGCAUCCCGAGAUGAACGCCGGCGAGGACAUUGCCGAGGCCUUUGAUGAUGGCUACGGGCGGAAAGAGUCGUUGGCCGAAUGUGACGAGAGAAUGUCCCCGGGGUACUCCCCGGGCUCCUUCCAGAGCUGCAACUGGGGUGUUGCCAGCCUGCCCCGCCACCUCCGCCUCCACGGGCUGAGCCCCUCCAUGCCAGCACCGCUCUCCAUCGCCCGGAGGAGUCGGUCCCUUGACACGGAGAGCCUGGAGUUCGAGCUGGCCGACUCGCCGCUCACCAAGAGUGGCCCUCAGCCGGGCCAGCUCCGCUCGAAGCGGGAGGGCGGCAAAAAGGACUCGAGGAGGAGCAGGAGCAAGGAGGAAGGCGAGCUGGUGGCGCCCGAUGGCGGGUUGAGCUGGCUGGGCUUGCAGCGCCUCCAGCACGGCACCGACGCGGCUGCCGGGGGGGCGAAGCACUGGGGUUUCCCUCCGGCCGCCGCGAUGGAGAGUGCCUGGGAGCUGUCGGAGCAGCCGGGCACCGUGUCCCCUUUCCUUUCUCUUUCCCGGAACGUCGCCGGAGAGACCCCGGACAGGCGGCCCCAAGAGCCGGAGCUGAACACUCACCCGCUCCGACCCUCCAAUUUACCGCUGCAGACCGAGGCGAGGCGGCCCCGCGAGGCGCCCGGUGCCUACAGGUACCAGGGAGAAGUCGCCGCCAAAAAGCUGACCCGCUUGUUACCCGCGGGAGAAACGGAGCCCGAGCUGCCCCCCAGCUUUAGUUUCUCUCGCUCCCCGGAGAAACGCGCCAAGUGCAAACCCGUGGGCGUCGCCCAGGGCGUGCCUCAGCAGCCCAGCGGCAGCCCCGACGCCCCAAAAAGCCUGGAGUGCUGCGGAGAACCCCUGAAAAACAGAGCCCCCCCCGGCCACGCGCUGCCGGCCGGCUGCCGGGGCGCUGCCCUGAGCGUCGCCGAAGCCGAAUAACCGCGCCGGCACCGGGGGGGGGGGAUAAGGCAGGAGAAGGGUUGCGAAGGGCGGGGGAGGGAGAAAAUAAAACUUAACGAGCGGUUUGUGAGUGACCUGAGUUUAGACCUGGGCUGGUAAGGAUGAGCUCCUCUCCCGCGGCCGGGGCGCGCGGCCUCGCUGCUGCGGAGGCUCUGCCGGGGUUCGGAGGCGCUUUGGUGUUUUCCAGGGUGAGCCGCCACGCUCUCGGAACGCCAAGUGCAGUAGCAACUCCCCCCCCCCCCCCCCCGGCAGGUUUGGGUUUGGUUUUUUUCUGCAGGAUUGGAGCUGGGGGGGGGGAGCAAGC